ACAUUUUCAGAUCAUUCAAUUGCCACACUUCAAAACACACACCCACCACACACAGGAGCAGCCAAGCCCAGCUACCAUAUUAACAGAGAUUCCAGGAUGAAAUUUUUCAUAGUACUCAGCGCUCUGUUUGCCUGCAGCUCGGCAGGACUGAUACGCAGCAGCGGUUGGAUCGGCGGCAACAGCGGCUGGAGCUCGAAUCCCUGGGGCAGCAGCAGCAGCAGCGGCUGGAGCUCGAAUCCUUGGGGCAGCAGCAGCAGCAGCGGCUGGAGCUCAAAUCCUUGGGGCAGCAGCAUCAGCAGCAGCGGCUGGAACAGCGGCUGGUCCUCCCAGCCCAAGAUAAUUAAGGUAAUCAAAAUUGGCGGCGGUGGCGGCGGCGGCUGGAACAAUGGAGGUGGCUGGAGCAGUGGCAGCAGCGGCUGGAGCAACGGUGGCGGAUGGUCUGGCCAGAACCUCGGCAGCAGCGGCUGGUCCAGUAGCAACAAUGGCUGGGGCAGCAGCGGCUGGUAGUAGGCAACGCUGGCAACUCUGGGACCGUUCGUUUUCGUUUUCGAUUUGAUUUUAUUGACUUUUAAUAUUAUAUUACGUAUAUGUAUAUAAGACAGUUUUU